AUGGUUAGAAUUUCGGUUUUGAAUGAUUGUCUUAAUAACAUCGUUAACGCUGAAAAGCGUGGUAAACGUCAGGUUCUUGUUCGACCUUCUUCAAAGGUCGUAGUCAAGUUCUUACGUGUAAUGCAAAAGCAUGAAUACAUUGACGAAUUUGAGGAAAUAGAUGAUCAUCGUUCUGGUAAAAUAGUUAUUCAAUUAAACGGUCGUUUAAAUAAAUGUGGUGUCAUCUCUCCUCGUUUCAACAUUCAAUUGGAAGAUAUUGAGAAAUGGGUUAAUAAUUUAUUACCAUCUCGUCAAUUCGGUCAUUUGGUGUUGACCACAAGCGCAGGCAUUAUGGAUCACCACGAAGCCAGACGGAAACAUACUGGUGGUAAAAUUAUUGGUUUCUUUUAUUAA